AUGAAUUUACCAACGGCCGAGCGCCUUCGCUUCCUGCAGCAACUCAGUCUCCGAAGUUCCGACGAGGACGGGGAGAUCGACGUCCUGGGAGACGAGGAAGAUGCUGAGGACGAAGGGGAUGAGUAUGAUGACGACGACGAAGAGGAAGCGGGGAGCCCCAAGUGCCCAAGGGUAAGAAGGGCACAGCGGGGCGCGGUUUCCCAGGAGCGCACGGAUGGAGGCAGCGGCCCAAACGACCCCUCCGAGUUUGGCAGCGAGUUCCGGUCACCGGUCGGGUCUCCCGCGGGCUCGGGGGCCGCCCCGCCGGCGACGAAGCCCCCUUAUUCGUACAUCGCGCUCAUCACCAUGGCCAUCCUGCAGAGCCCGCACAAGCGCCUGACGCUCAGCGGCAUCUGCGCCUUCAUCAGCGGCCGCUUCCCCUACUAUCGCCACAAGUUCCCCGCCUGGCAGAACAGCAUCCGCCACAACCUCUCCCUUAACGACUGCUUCGUCAAGAUCCCCCGCGAGCCCGGCCACCCCGGCAAGGGCAACUACUGGAGCCUGGACCCGGCCUCCCAGGACAUGUUCGCCAACGGCAGCUUCCUCCGGCGCAGGAAACGCUUCAAGCGCCACCCUCCCGCCCCGGGAGGACACCUGCCCCAGCCCUUCCCUCCGCCCGCCGCCCUGCCUGGCCUCCACCCUGGCCUCAUACUUCCAUCCCUGGCCUCUGCACAGCCCGCCCCGGGGUCCUACCCCUCCGCCAUCCCCGGCGGCCGCCCCGGCGCGCUGCUCCCCCCGCAGCCCCUGCGCUACCUGCUGCUCUCCGGGGCGCCCCAGAAGGCGGAAGGCGCGCAUCUGGGGACCCCGGGCGCCCUCCCGGCGGCUUGGCAGUCCUCGCUGGGAUCCCUGCCUUGGGAAAAGAGCAAAAGCCGGGCGUCUGGGCCGGGAGGUGGAGCCCCCUCCUUCAGCAUCGAGAGCAUCCUGCGAGGAGUCCACGGCGGCGGCGGCGGCGGAGGAGGAGGAACCCGGGCCGCGCAGACUCUAUCCCUACCUCCCUGGGGCUACUGCCACCUGCUUCCGCGGCCGCCCUGUCCACUGCACCCCCAGGCUGCCGCCCCUUUACUGCACCUGUCCGCCACCGCGGCUCAGACCAUUCUGCAGCCGCAGCAGCGCCAAGGCGACGGCUGCGCUCCCGGCAAAGGCUCGCCUCUGGGUGGGCCCCGGGCGACCGUCGCGGCGCUGCUGGGGUGUCCACCUGCAGCCUCUGCCGGCGGACACGGGACCUCGCCCGCCCUUUGA